AUGAAGUUCCUCACAUCCAAUUUCUUGAAGUGCUCGGUGCAAGACUGUGAUAGAAGUAACGACAACUUCCCGCUUAAAUUUAAUGGUGAAAAGUGUCAGUUAGAACAGGAUGAAAGUUUAGAAUUCAAUCCGCAGUUUUUACUUCGAAUCAUUGACCGUGUUGACUGGCCAGCUGUCGUAAGCGUUGCUGCUGAUUUGGGUAACAGCAGCCUGCCUCCAUCAAAACCGGAGUUCGCCGAUGAAGAGUUGUCAGAGGAAGAUAUGGUUAUUUUGAGAGACCUGCAUACAUUGCUGAUCCAGACCAAUAUAGUAGAAGGCGAGAUGGUGUGUCGCAACUGUGGCCACAUAUAUUACAUCAAGAAUAGCAUUCCAAAUCUUCUGUUACCUCCUCACUUGGCGUAA